CUUCCCCUCCCUCUCCGUCCGACUCCUUCAAUCCAAACAAUACCUUAAGUCGCUCUUGCAGAGUCUCCAAACAUGGCCUAAGUUAUGAAGCUCUUGUGCGUCUGUACACAGUUUCCACUCUUCUUUUCCUCUUCUCCUCCUCUUCUCCAACUAACAUGGAAAAAAUUGCUUCCAAAAAUCAAACCUCAAAUUAAAUUUUCUGUGAUUCUGUUUUUUCAGAUUUGACGAUGGUGGAAACGAGAUGGCAGAAACGGGGCCGACGGAGAACGCGUGGGUAAGGUCGGAGCAGUCGGCUGGUGUUGAAAUGAACGGUCGCGAUUUGUCGAUCAUGGAACCGACGCUGACGGAUAUAGAUGGCUGCGGCGUCGGUGAUUCUCAGGCGAAACAGAACAGAAAGAGCAAUGCAUUUGAUAUGAAAUUAGGGAUCGGUAAGCGGACGUUCUAUGCUGCCGGUGCCACUUUUUUUAUGUGCAGUCACCGUUAAUCCUCUUGAUGUUGCCAAGACAAGGUUGCAAGCGCAGGCUGCUGGGGUUCCUUACUCACACCCACUAAGUAAUAUCAUCAGUCGCAUGGCAUACUUUGGACCCAACAUGAUGUUUGCUGAUUUAAGAUGUUCACCGUCAUGCGCACGUGCUGGAGUUCAUGGUACUGUAUCAAUUUGUUCACCUGAUUGCUUUCGGUACAAAGGAACUCUUGAUGUCUUCAUCAAAAUUAUUGGACAGGAAGGAUUUUCUAGGCUGUGGUGAGGAACAAAUGCAGGUUUGGCUUUGGCAUUACCAACUGUGGGAAUCUUUUUGCCUUUGUAUGACAUAUUCUGUAUCAGAAUGGAGGAGUUCACAAUCCAGAAUGCUCCCACUGCAACACCAUAUGUUCCUUUGGUUGCAGGCUUAGUGGCACGGUCAUUAGCAUGUACAACUUGCUAUCCUAUUGAAUUUGCAAGAACCCGGAUGCAGGUAUCUUGAAUAUUAAUUCCUUCAUUUUGUCAUUAUAUGAUAUGCAGGGACAUUUAGGUGCUUUCAACAAUGAUGUCUUCUGGAGUUCUAGUCCUGGUAACAUGAGUAUUCUGAUUAUUGAUAUUGUUAGUACCCUUAAUGUGGAAUACUCCUUCUGUCUGAACAUAGUACUUUUAAUUUCUUAGAGUAACUUUCCAUGUUGUGACUUGAGAGUAUGCUUUAUCCGAUGAAAAAUUGUUUUGUUUAUUGUCCUGACUGUGUGUUCAUGAGUGCAAAUGCAGAAUUAUUCUUCUAAUUUAUUUUUUUUUUGUCAUAGUUUUCAGAAGGAUCCUAUGAGAGCUUUGCAGUUGACUAUGCGGCAGACACUAAUGGAGGUUUGGAGAGAUGGAGGGAUAAAGGGACUUUUUAUGGGAGUUGGUCCUUGCAUUGCCCGUGUAGGUCCUUCUGUUGGGAUUGUGGUGUCCUUCUAUGAAGUAGUGAAGUAUCUUCUCCAUCAGUGUUAUGGGACAUCUUCUUGACAGCAAACACUCCUUUCCCAGUGUCCUCGUACUGCUGAGCAUCUCCUUGUGGUUGGUGAUGUCACAAGAGGUUUAACAAUCAAGAAUGAAGAGGAAGGCCUGUAGAGUAAUUGGCCAAACUAUUGGCAAAAAGGUGCUUCUUCAUCCAUCUGGCCAAGGUUCAAACCCUUAUUCCCCGACCCUCUCCCCCAUGAGGGUUUCAACCGGUACCUGUUCCAUCAAAAAAAAAAAAAAAAAAAAAAUUCAAGAAUGAAGAUGCAAUCAACGCAGCCAUUCUGUGGUUAUUAUAGCAGGAAGAUGACAAGCAGUUUUUCUGGUGUAGAUGUAGGCUUCCAAAUAAUAGUUCAAACGAGGAUAUGGUAACCCAGCAGACUGGGAACAAUGCAUAGAUUUUUCUUUAAACACAGAGUAGAACUUUUAUUUUGCCUUGUUCAACAGUUUUGGUUCAUGUAACAUUCAGCUCAGUGCAAGUUGAGCUGAAAUUUUGUUUGAUCUCUACAUUCUUUCUGUGCUGAGGUGAUCUCAGUUCAGCAAAUUGAUCCCCUUUUUUAGUUGUCGGUCGAAUUGUUUUUACAUGUGCUUUUAUUAUGUUCGCAACAGCGCCGUGUAUUUUCGAGGAGCAAAAUCGAAGAAUCAAGGCUGGACGGAUAAGCUUCUGUAAACCUUAACCAAAAUUGGAAGGCUUCGUUGUCAUCCCUAGUAAUGUGCUUAUUGAACCUGCACUUGUACCUUUCAUUUUGAAUGUCGACCAAAUGUUUUGACAUGCAUGCAUUUGCUCUAAUCAAAAUUUCGGAAUUUU